AUGUUUCACGAGCCGAGUAACAUGGACAUGGCAAUGAAGCUUCACUACUUGAAAGGAAUCUACUAUUUUGGCAAGCAGGCAUUUGAGGGCUUGGCCACCUUCAAGAUAAAGGAGCCCUUGUUCAUAUUGCUAAACUAUUUCCCAGUUAUCUGUGGACGGUUUCGUAGAGCCGAGUCGGGCCGGCCAUACACCAAAUGCACUCGACUGGGAGAACCAAAAGUGGCUCUGGAUAAGAAGUUUCAAUUAGAAUUCUUGAACCUGUUGGGAAAGGUGGUAGCAGGUGAAAAGCCUAACAGGCCCAUUAACUUGGCUCAUUUGAAAACGAAGUCCACAAAUUCUGAAAGCCCAUUAAAGAAUAUGGAAGAUCCACUUUCCCUCAAAAGGGUGGGCCCGGUUGGAGAUAAUUGGAUACCAGUCGAUAACUGUAAAAUGGAAGCAUUUUCAUUUAGUGUUAAUGCCACACAAUUGAGCCAUUUGCAGUCAAAAAUAAGUAGCAAUGGCGCUGAUUUUUCUCCAUUUGAGGCUCUUUCUGCUGUCAUUUGGCAAUGCAUAGCAAACAUUCGAUGCGAAUCGGCACCAAACGUUGUGACAAUAUGCAAGAUGAUGGAACCAAACAAGGCAUAUGGGAAUAAUCAACUUAUUAGUGUUGUUAAAGCUGCUUAUCCCAUUUUAGAAGCCAACCCUAGUGAGCUAGCAGCAUUGAUGAAAAAUGCGGCACUUGAUCAAAUAGAAAAGAUCGAAAAUGCAAUCGAGAAAGACAAUGGAGUGUCUGAUUUAAUUGUUUAUGACGCGAAUUUAACUUUCGCGAAUCUUGAAGAAGCAAAGUUUUAUGAAUUUGAUUACCGCGGAGAGAAGCCAGUUUAUGUUAGUUAUCGAGUUGAUGGUGUUGGUGAUGAAGGGGCUAUCUUGGUGUUCCCUGGGCCACCGAAGAAUGGAGGAAGGACUGUUAUGGCAAUUUUGCCAGAGAAUGAGGUGACCGAGCUUAAAUCAGAGAUGAAAAAGUGGUUUAUGGAUUAA